AUGAAGACCCUCACCUUCCUCCUCGGCCUAUUCGCCCUCGCCAUGAGUACCGCCAUCACACAGGCUAGCGAUGCCACGUUUCCCUGCUCCGCCGCUGACUUCCUACGCCUCCCUCCACGCGACCGCUCCCAACCGCCUCCACCUCCACUCCCCAACUGCGGAGCUUGCAAAGACAUCCUUCGGAAGUGCAACGACGGGCGAUUGCCUGACGAGGACCUGCUCAACUCUCUUGAAUGGGAAGUUCUGCGGACUAUGUUGGUCGCAUUGCUGAGUAUUCAACACUCGGGAUUGGUGAAGGAGAUGAUGAGAUGGAAGGGAUGGAGCCGGAGACAAUUGAACGAGGACUUAUAA